CCACCACCACCACCACCAUCCUACGCUAGAUCUCAUAACGUGCACGACACUCACCUUUCGUUGACUCUCCCUGGCGGUAGGCGCAUGUGAAUCAGUCGAAAGUAUCCGGUCGCUAAAGAUGAGCCUGUGAAUACAUUUAUACACGCGGAAUGAAAGCCACCCUCAGCCGUUAAGCGGUGGUGCCUACACCUCCCCAGCUACGAUGGAUUUCACUAUUGCAGCCUCGGGAGGCACAGGUUCUCGGCUUACUAGAAUCUUUGUUAUAAUCUCAGGCGUAGCAUCUUUGGUUGCCACAUUAUUGUCCAUCGUUUCGAUAUGGCUUCAAACGAAGAAUUACCGGAAACCUCUGUUGCAACGCUACGUCGUGCGAAUAUUGUUGAUGGUACCGAUCUAUGCGGCGUCAUCAUGGACAAGCAUCAUCUCACUCAAGGCUGCCAUGUUCCUAGACCCCAUUCGUGAUAUUUACGAAGCCUUUACAAUCUAUACUUUCUUUCAGCUGCUCAUCAACUUUGUUGGCGGGGAGCGAGCGCUGAUUAUCAUGACUCACGGACGGCCUCCGGUCCAGCACAUGUGGCCACUGAAUACCUUCCUUCCCAAAGUGGACAUAUCCGACCCUCACACAUUCCUCGCCAUCAAACGAGGCAUUCUUCAGUACGCAUGGCUGAAACCUGUUCUGGCGCUGGUAUCGAUUAUCCUCAAGGCGACAGACAAAUACCAGGAAGGGUACAUCGGAGUUGGGUCUGGCUAUCUUUGGACCGGGAUAGUCUAUAAUGUUAGCGUCACAGUCAGUCUCUAUUCACUCGCAUUGUUCUGGAUCUGCAUGCAUGAUGACCUGAAACCGUUCCGUCCGGUUCCAAAGUUCCUCUGCAUAAAGCUCAUUAUCUUUGCCUCGUACUGGCAAGGAUUCUUCCUAUCUAUCCUGCAGUGGUUGGGUGCAAUUCCCAAUGGCGUGGCAGGUUACACUCCGGAUAACCUUGCCGCAGCUAUUCAAGACACGCUUAUUUGUAUUGAGAUGCCAGGAUUUGCCAUUGCUCAUUGGUAUGCUUUCUCCUGGCACGAUUACGCCGAUAACCGGGUAUCUUCGGCUCGCAUGCCCGUCAAACACGCGCUGAAAGAUUCCUUUGGCGUGCGAGACCUCAUCGAGGACACCAAGCAGACAUUCCGAGGACGUGACUACGAAUAUCGGUUGUUCGAUUCUGGGGAUAACAUUAUCGCUCAUGAAGAAUCAAGCUCCCGUGUGAAAAGAGUGAUGGAAGGGAUGCGAUACGAGAGGGGCGGCAAGAGUAAAUAUUGGAUCCCAAGGCCUGGGGAGGCCAACAGUCGAACACCAUUGUUAGCUGCGAGCGAGAAUCAAGGACGUAGAGGCUCACCAGAUCAGUCGAAACGAGGAAGCAUCAUCGACAAGUUCCGUUCUUACGGAGAACUCGAAGAGACCAAGUUGGAUGAGGACGACGAGCGUCUAUUUGCAAACGCGCGAGCUUUGGAGUUUGGCGACUGGAAUUAUCCUGUCAUCACAGCCAAUGAGGUUCCGAGUGAUCAAAGGCUGCCAAGAACGAUAAGUUAUCAGAGCCAAGAAUCCGAGCAUAGCCACGGCCGUGUGGUUAAGAAGGCUCGGGGUCAUCGAAACAGUCAUGUAUCCGAUGGGGAUAGUGCAAGUCGGGUACAGGCUACAAGGAGUCGCAAGUCCCGCAAGCCGGAACCGGUGGAACGCGCAUCCAGCGCAUCAACGCUGUCUCAAUCUGGCCGUAGCCAGCUAGUUGACUUGGUUGUGGAAAAUCGGAACGCCGAAGAACGAGAGCAGAGCAGAGCACUAAGAGAAACCGGCUCUGUGUGGCCUGAGAGAAACGAUAUUCAUUUACAUGUCUCAUUUACCCCGUUAACUGGAUGCUGCAGAAGACCCCACGGCGAGCCAGUAGGAGUCGUUCGCCCACAAUCUACAGCAGGGAUCCUUUCUCCUAAUCUCUCUACGAACCAAACUGUGGGAGAAGACGAUGACAAUGACGGUGAAACAAGUCCGGGAUCGCCUAGUCCUCGGUAUGGCGAUUUUCGAGAAGAACACAACGUGUGGGGAUGA